AUGAGAGAAUUUUGGGUCUUCACUCUACGUGAGUGGUCUAUUCUUAUGGAAACAUCAACAGUAGAGGGACCUGGUAGCGAAGAAUGUGACUUCAUCCAGUGUUUAUGUUUGGGAUUACAACUGAUGAAUAGGUUACAUACACAUCUGGAAUCUCGAAUUGUUGAAGUCCCUGUAUCAAUUUCGAAAUUCCUUUUCCAUACAACAGGUAGUGUGGUGGAGGAGAAGAUGCGGAAGUCAAUAAAGAUGGAAAGAAGAAAUUCAUCACUAAAGAACAAGAACCAUAACAGCAUUGGCAAACAGUAGGGGAAAAGGAAGGUGAGAAUCUGAUGAUGAACAACAACGAGAUUGGAGAGAGGAAAUAGGAAUAGGUUGAAUCGAUACCUGAUGCGUGCGUGAUGCGUUUGUGUGCGACAAUAGAAGCGAAUAGGAGGUUGCAAUCGAAAGGAAUUAUUAACAGGGAAGCUACAACAACAUGACAGGGAUACGGAAGCUACGAUCGUAAAUCUCCUGUGAACAUGUUUGUUGUAUUGAAAUUUAGAAGUGAGGGC